AAAAUGUCCAAACCUACAGAGACUGAGCAAUGCAUCGGGUCCCUGAUUGCCGUUUUCCAAAAGUACAGUGGGAAGGAUUGGAACAGCUGCCAACUCUCCAAAACUGAGUUCCUCACCUUCAUGAACAUGGAGCUGGCUGCCUUCACGAAGAACCAGAAGGAUCUUGGUGUCCUGGACCACAUGAUGAAGAAGCUGGAUCUCAACAGUGAUGGGCAACUAGAUUUCCAAGAGUUUCUCAACCUUAUUGGUGGCUUGGCUGCAGCAUGCCAUGAUUCCUUUCUCAUGAGUUCCCAGAAGCGUUUCUAA